CCUCGAGCAAUCCACCCACCUCAGCCUCCCAGAGUGCUAGGAUUACGGGCGUGAGCCACCGUGCCCGGCCUACUUUUUUGACUCAAUUUCUAAUCUGUAAAGUAGGGGUCUCCUCGCUCGGGACUCCGGGCCUGAACGGCGGAGCCAGCCCGGCCCCUGCAGCCCGAAGGUUCCAGCCGCGGGAGCCCUGGAGGCGGCGGCGGCCCAGGAAGGAGCUUCAGCGCCGGGAGGAAAAUUCUUCCAAGGAUGGUCUCCCACUCAGAGUUGAGGAAACUUUUCUGUUCAGCAGAUGCAGUCUGUUUUGAUGUUGAUAGCACAGUUAUCAGAGAAGAAGGAAUUGAUGAACUGGCCAAAAUCUGUGGAGUCGAGGAUGCUGUGUCAGAAAUGACACGGCGAGCCAUGGGUGGGGCGGUGCCUUUCAAAGCCGCUCUCACUGAGCGCCUAGCGCUGAUCCAGCCCUCCAGGGAACAGGUGCAAAGGCUCAUAGCCGAGCACCCCCCGCACCUGACCCCCGGCAUCAGGGAGCUGGUAAGUCGCCUGCAAGAGCGAAAUGUUCAGGUUUUCCUAAUAUCUGGUGGCUUUAGGAGUAUCGUAGAGCAUGUUGCGUCAAAGCUCAAUAUCCCAGCAACCAAUGUAUUUGCCAAUAGGCUGAAAUUCUACUUUAAUGGUGAAUAUGCAGGUUUUGAUGAGACACAGCCAACAGCCGAAUCUGGUGGAAAAGGAAAAGUUAUUAAAUUUUUAAAGGAAAAAUUUCAUUUUAAGAAAAUAGUCAUGAUUGGAGAUGGAGCCACAGACAUGGAAGCCUGUCCUCCUGCUGAUGUUUUCAUUGGAUUUGGAGGAAAUGUGAUCAGACAGCAAGUAAAGGACAAUGCCAUGUGGUAUAUCACUGAUUUUGUAGAGCUUUUGGGAGAACUGGAAGAAUAAUACCAAUUUUUAUACAGCUCAUAACAACUUUGGAUUAAUUUUUAAAAGUUACCCAGAUUGAUAUAGUUUGCUUACAAUUGCCUAUUAGAACUUGAUAUAUAAAGUUGGUACUGAUUAUCUGUACUUUCAAGUAAACUACAGUUAGGAUUCCUAGAAGAUUUUUUUUUUAAAUUGUAGUUCCAAUAUUAUUAUGACCAUUGAUUUCCUGGAGAGUUUUAUAAUCUGAAUUCUUUAUGUAUAUUCCUAGCUAUAUUUUAUAUGAAGCCUUUUAAAGGUGAAUAGUAAAUUAAACAUCUUUACUCUUAG